AUGUUAACGAAAAAAGAAAUUGAACAAUUAAUUGAUAAAAAAAAUUCGUCAUUGAAAAUUGUCAAACCAACAGUAACACCAAAAUCUUCAGCUGCAUGGAAUAGUUUUAGUCAUAUUUACGUUAACAAUAUCAAACAGGAAUAUGUUAUUUGCAAUCAAUGUGAGGAAUUACUUAUUUAUAAACCAUCUUCUGGUACUAAUUCUUUAUCUAAACAUAUUAGUAGCUGUCAAAAGGUCAAAACGACAGCUUCUCAUAAUCAGACAACUAUCAAUCAAUUUUAUGCAUCUUCAAAAAAUGAACCUGCUAUUCCAGAUCGAGUAAAGCAGGAAAUCAACGUUGCUUGUGUUGAAUUUACAGCACUUGAUUCUCGAUCAUUUAAAACAAUUCAUGGAAUAGGCUUCAAAAAUCUUGCACAAAAAAUUUUCGAUGCCGGUAAAUAUUUACCUAUAUCUAAGGAUAUUAAUGUUGAAAAACUACUUCCACAUCCAACAACAGUAAGAAUGAUAUUUUUUAAUCUAUUAUAA